ACAGUCCCCUAUACAGGCUGGAGCACAAACAUGGCGAAUAAAUCAGUGUAUGAUUUCUCUGCUGAGACCCUGGACGGACAGCCGGUUCCGCUCUGUAAGUACAUGGGUAAGGUGCUUCUCAUCGUCAACGUUGCCACCUUCUGAGGGUCAACAAUAGAGGAGUACCACCGACUGAAUGCACUGAUGGAAAUGUUUGGUGACCUCAGCUUUACUGUCUUAGGAUUCUCCUGCAACCAGUUUGGUCUUCAGUCACCUGAGGUCAAUCAUGAAACCCUCAAUAUUCUGAAGUAUGUGAGACCUGGAGGAGACUUUGUGCCAAAGUUUCCUGUCUUUGGCAAAGUUGAGGUGAAUGGAUUAAAUGAAGAGCCUCUCUUCACCUAUCUGAAGGAAUUGUUGCCGUUUGUGAACCCUGUUAUUGGAGAUAUAAAGAAAUUCUACUGGUCCCCAAUCAAAGUCAAUGACAUCCGGUGGAAUUUUGAGAAGUUUCUCAUAACUGCUGAUGGCCUUCCCUUCAGAAGAUAUGAACUUCACUGCCCCAUCGAUAAGGUGGAAAAGGACAUAGCAGAACUUCUCUGUUGAGUUUCUACAGUUGAACACCAGUGGCAGAGUGAGGAUCCCCCAGUAAAUGCACACAUGCACCUGAGCUGGAUCUGAUGGGAAGAGGAGCAGGACUCAGAGCUUCAGUGCAUUCACUCUGAGAACAGUUCCCUUCAGCCACUGGAGGAGUUUUCAUGUCACUGUCACACUUUUCUCUAAUGUGAUGGGCUCUGAUACGUGAA